GCGGUCUCUCCGUCGCACCGAACACUUACAAGGACGUUGUGUGCGUCGUGUGAUAGAAACCGGUAACAACGGCGCGAUUAUCUUCUCUUUUUCCUUAAAAAUUGCCGCUCGUGUUUUCUCGCUUUAUAACGUAAUAAUAUUGCAGUGUUCCUUCCCUCAUUUUUAUUAUUCUACGUCGUUUCCAUUAUUUUUGCGUCGUUUUUCGUGCCUCGAUUAUUGUGCAAGAAGAGGAGGAUUCCACUCUACGCCGAUUCUGGAAUCUUAUGAAACGAACUUCGUCCACAUUUUUCAGAUAAUUUUGCCUCGGGAGAUACCCGGCCACCUGCAUCAGAAACCGUUAUCUCGCGGUUAUCUAAUCGGAUCGGUAAUCGCAGUCGCGUUUUUUCCUUAGUUUUCUAAAAACCUGGGGAAGUUCAGGUUGUUAUACACUUGUCGGUGAUCGACGAUUGAGCGAAAUGAAGACUGUGUUCGUCGGUAGUUUCUUGUACUCGCGUGUGCUGUGAGACGUUGGCCGGUAAGAACUUGUAAGGUGUGCAAAGCCUGCCUCGAAAGAGGAGGAGGAAAUUAUCUCCACACCAGAGUCAUGUAGUUUAUCGGGAUUAUGAAAUUCCCCUGGUCUUCCAAGCGGCCUGCAGGGGCAGGUGAUGCACCGCCAACAAGGUUGUCGUAAGUUUUGCAAAGAAGAAGGCGAAAUAAGAAACUGGGACUGUUUCGAACGGAAAUUGAACAAGGAACUCCACCGGAAAUGCAACUCGCCGCCACCCCCAGGCCUCAUCCACCCCCCGUACCGCCUAGACCGAGUCGUCAGGUCGUAGCCGAGGCGCUUAAGAGGUCACCGAGGCCUCCGUGUCCGACUAGACAAGCGCCGCCGCCGCCGGAUACGAAGCCAUGGCGAGCCGGGAGGACCGUUGUUUACGAGUCCGCGACGUCGCCGACGUCUGUUAGGAGUGCGGAAGACGAUCGUCAGCAGCGAGAUGAACGGGCGGCGAACCCGCGGGACCAGAACCUCCAACGACUCGGAGGCGGCAAGGCAGUAACGCCUGCGACGAGUGAAAGGGGCGACGGGAAAUUGAGAGGAACGAUUCAGCAGCCUCUGAAACGACCCGCGCCUAUCCAUGUGCCGAGAACGGGGACCGGCGGCGGCAGCAGCAGCAGUGAGAGCGAGAAAAGCGCCGCGCCAAAGUUCAAAAACCAGAGGCACAUACAGGUCGUCAAUGGCGCGGUGGUCUUCGAAGCACAGAAUACGCAGGUCCGUGUACCGCGUUCGGAAUCGAAGGAAUCGAGGCCGGAGGAUGCGGACGAGGCUUUGAAGGAGUCCGCGGAGAUGGAUGCGGCCAAGAACGUUACCACUGUCGACGAUAAGCGCGAGGAAGUCGUUGAAGGACCACGGAGGUCUUCCUCGAGCACUAUAUCAAGCGGCGACGACUGCGCCACCGUUGUCGUCGUCGAUGAUCAGCCCGAAUCGAGACGCGUCGCCUUCGACGAUAAAGUCAAUAUUCAACACGAGGACUGGCUCGAGGCUGGGGUUAGAUAUUCGUCGACUAAGAUCACCCUCUCGGGCGACGAGGUCAACGACGAAGGGGUCGCUCUGACCGAAUCGACGGAGGAUAGGAUCAACGGGUUUGGCUACUUCGACGAGGACGAGGAGAUGAUGAUCACCGCCUUCGAUUUCACUAGCAUAAAAGAAAAAAUAGCCAUGUCGACUCUGCAAGGAUUGCCUCCCUUGCCGAGAAGCUUGAGCGGAUUCAACCUGAGCACCAACAGAGACGGAAACGAGCCGCCACCGCCACCCGCGAGGUCGUCCAGCAGGCCGCAACGCGGGGCAAGAACAUCCCCAGGAGUCGGGGGUCGACCAUCGCCACAGGGUCGACAACUGACCACCCUUGACACCCAGCUGGCAAAGCUUAGGAGAGAAAUGUUCGGCCUGCGUCAACUCGACCUCUCGCUGCUCUCCCAGCUUUGGUCGUUGAACGAGUCGAUCCAGGAGUUUCGACAACUUCUUCAAGAACAAGACGACCGAGCACCAUCCCCGUCGCCGAGCAGCGAAGAGGGCGACGAUACCUCUUACGGUAGCCAUCCACCGCCGCACCCCAGGAGGCCGCCCCCCGUCAGUCAUCACCACAGGGCGCCGAGACCCCCGCCGAGAAACGACUCACCCUCGAGCGAAGAGUACGGCGCCGUAUAAAUGAUGAUGACAAUAACAUAACGAUAACGAUAAUUAUAAUAAUGAUAAUGAUAAUAGUUAAAGAAUUAAAGACUUGCAAAGCAGAGAGAAAACGAAGGAAAACUUAUAUAUAUAUAUAUAUAUAUAUAUAUAUAUAUAUAUUAUAUAAACUAAAGACACGAACCAUGUACGCGCUGUUAUCUUAUCGACGUUGCCCUUCGGAAACUUUCUUCCUUCUUUCCACAAAAAUAAUACGUAAUAAUAAUAAUUAUUGUUAUUUUUUAAUCACCCGUUGCACCGUUGUCAGGAAUAUAUUUGUACACGAUGACAAAUCGCGUGUGUGAGGAGAUGCGUGUGACUCAAUUUUUCUUUUUUUUUUUUUGUCGUUUUUGUCUGUUGAUUGCGAGCGUUCGACAUGGGGCGAAUUUUCCUUCGGAUGAAAAAUAUUUUAUUUUUUUUUCAAAAUCGACAGAUAACGAUGCUGAUCUCAAUAUUACAAUACAAAAUUACGAGCAGCGUACAUUCUCGGAUAUUUAUCGCGCGAGAUGAGGAAGAUGAUGCACAUGCGGGACGAUCAAAGCGUCGUUUUUAUUUAUUUUUAUUUAUUUUUUUUUUUAUCUUCAAUUUCAAACCAUCCGCUUUUGCCGAACAAGAGCAUAGAAUAUAAUGAGCUAGGAAGAACGUGUACGUCGCGCGAAAUUUGUACCGUUUUGAUAUUCGUGAGAGUACGCAAUAAGACCGUGGAGUCCGGUAAGUUUAAUACGCUCCGUGAAUUUUUAACCGUAGGUAUUUUACGGGUGUAUUUUCGUCGGUUUAUUUACGUAUUCGCAUCACGACCGUCAGGUGAGGAGGUACAUAUCAUACCUACUCUUCGGUCAUUCGGCGCGAUGUAAAUUUUCCUCGCUUACUUUUUUCGGCAACGUGAAUGCUCGCUCUUUAUUUCCUUGAAAAAAAAAAACAAAAAAAAAAAAAAAAAACAACGACGCGUUUGUUUGUCCCGGCUCAAUCGCUAGUGAGACUAAUUC